GGGCACUGGGUCACCAGGCAUCAGGUCAUUUGGCUCGACACAGCGGGCACCGCGUCAUCCGGCAAGGCAGUGGGGCUCCGAGUCAACUGGUAUGACCCGCUGGCACUGGUCAGACAUUGUGAUCGUCCUGGACUGGACAGCGGGCACUGGGUCACCAGGCAUCAGUCAUUUGGCUUCGACAGCGGCACCGCGUCAUCUGGCAAGGCAGUGGGCUCCGAGUCAACAGCGCACGACAGUGAGGCACCGGGGCAUCAGGUACCGGAUUGUCUGGCUCGACAGCGGGCAUCGGGUCCACCAGGCAUCAGGUCAUUUGGCUUGUUCAGCGGAGCACCGCGACAUCUAGCAAGGCAGUGGGCACCGGGUCACCAGGCAUUGGAUCGUCUGGCUCGACAGUCGGGCAUCAUCCGGUCAGCGAGCCAGGUAUGACAGCCGGGCACUGUGGUCACCAGGCAUCAGUUCAUUGGCUUGCCAGCUGGCACCGCGUCAAUCUGGCAAGGCAGUGGGCACCGGUCACC